GUCAGAGAGGCAAGACCAACUGCAAACUUCCCUGCCGAGGUGCACAGCACCCACCGAUGGCCUGCUCUGUGCCUCUGGCGCCAGGGGAAGGAGGCUCUGGCUUCACCACAACUUGCCAGGGAAGCUUGCCUGUUGCUAGUCUACCCCACUGAAUUAGGAGGUUUUGUGAUUUCCGAGUCGGGAGGGGCAAGGAUAUCACGAGAGCUGGGGCCAUGGCCCUCAUGAAUCUAACUGACAAGAUAUCUCUGCAGAUGAAGACAGUUGGGAAGGAACAUCAGUGGGUCAAGGAAAACAAUGACUUUCUUCAGAAUGUGGGUGCUGAAAGCAGAAUGCAGAAGAAAAUCACCAACAUGGACCACACCUUGGAAAGAUCAGAUGAUGAGGAGGCCAUUGGCUCUGGAAACCCUCAGAUGAAACUCCUUCACGAGGUGGAGACUAAGAAACAGGAUAUGUUGGAGCUGGAAGCUGAGCAUGACCAGCACCUGCAGAGGGAACAGGAUGAGCAAGAAACAUAUCACCUUCAACCUGAGGAUCCUUCUUUGAAAUUUUCUGAGAACAUCCCUAAAAGGGGUCAGAACAUGUUCUUCCAGCUAAACCACUGGAAUGUACACAUGGGAAAGCAAGAGAAAGAGCUCGGGGCUGAUGACAAAGACUGGCUGGAGAAAAUUAACAGUAUUAUACAAAACAUAGACCUAACAGAAAACACAGUGAAGAGCUUAUUACAGGAAGUGAUGUCCCUGGAGGGCCAAAUUGAAAAGCUAGAGUUACAUGGGGACCUCGACCCUGACCAGUGGACAAACAUCGAGGAGAAGAUCGUGGAUAUUAAAAAGCAAUUAGGAGAAAUCGAUUGUGAAUCUGUCCAGGAAGAUGCUUAUAAUGAAGUUCAUGAGCUAAAGGAGAAACUCAUUGCAAGAAUAGAGAACUUUUGCAAGGAUGUGACUCAGCUGAACACAAAGUUGGGGGUGUACCCUACGCAGGAAGGGAAAACAGACACUCUGAAUCCUGAAGAAAUGGGUGUGGGAAAAAUGGAGGCUCUGCUUCGUCCAUCUCCGUCACCCCCAUUAGUACAGAGCUCUCCUCCCCCAAUCUGGAAACGUGCACUGAGGAUUUUCAUCAUGUUAUAUGUCCUCACCUUCACUGGCCUGUCAUUUUACAUAUUAUUUUUUGAUGCUACGUUUAUCUUUGAAAGUUUGCUCCCUGCCAUGCUUGGGCGAGGCAGAAUGUGGGAACUCCGGGAGCUCAUCACACCUUUCUUGAAUUUGGAAGUGGAAGACUUGUUACCUUCCUAAAGAUACAGAAGUUGCCAUUGCCUUACUAACUUCCUCCCCAAUGAAAUUCUGGUUGUUCUUGUAUUAUG